AUGUCCCAUAAAACAUACGAUGAAAAAUUUAGAUCGGCACAUGAACUACUUACUACCACCUUACAGACAGAACCAGUACAGGCGGAUAGAAGGGAAGAGAGACUAUUACUGGCGACUUUAUACAUACGCUACAUACUGAUCGCGAAUAAAUUGACGGUGUGCGUAGACCAAAUAGUGCAACCUCAGAAGAGAAUACUGAUUAGGAAACUAUUAGAAGCAACCCUAGGACGAAUAUUAGAACUAAAAUCGGAUCUCGUCGAGGCGGAUCUUAACGAAUGGACGCACUGUGGUGAUGUAAUGGAGAAAUUAAAUUUAACGCCGUUCGAUAUGGAAUUAACAGUGCCCUCAUGCUUCAGAAGAGAAAGGAGGAAUGAAUUACAAUACAGAAAGAAUGUCAUUGACAGCGUUUUGGCAAAACUAGGAUAUAUCGAUAAGACCAUAGAAAAGGUCCCCAUGACUGAACAACAAGCGAUUUUAAUAAUACAGUCCCACGAACGCGCCAGACAAGGCAGACUGAGGGCCCAGUUUAUGAAAGAAAUAAAAACGAUGAAGGAGAAAUCCAAGCCGGUACAGAGCGAAGAGUCGGAAGAGGUGAAGGAAAGCAAGCUCGCUCUCAAUCUGUCCGCUGCAGUGAAAAUUCAGAAAAUCUGGCGGGGAUACGCUGCUCGUAGAGCUACUCGUAGAAGAAAACUGCAUGAAAUGUUGCUGAUCGGAAUGAUCCCGCCCCCGAAAACGAAGAGUGAGGAGAUUGAGAAGGAUUUGGAAAAUCGCAGAUUCAGGAAGAAGCUUCAGGAGGAGAGGCAGGUUGAAUAUGAGAAAGCGGUUACCGACUGUAGGGAAAAGUUAGAGAAAACUCAAAGAGGGACAGUCUUGGAGCAACUAAGUGAUCAAAUUAGAAGUUGGCUUCAUGAGUAUAAAACGCAAACUGGUAAAAUUCCCGAAUAUACUGGAUCAGAGAGAAGUGCUUCCAGAUUAAUGCUAAGUAGACAAGGUACUGACAGUGAAUUAAGUAAAUCUACACAAGGAUCUUCAAAGGAAUCAAAAACAAAGAAAGAAAAAACUACGAAAUCAGUGAAAGACAGUAAAUCAAACGAGGAAGAGGAAGAUCUUGCUUCCAAAGCGAUGGUAUCUACAUUCGUCCCUGAAUUAAAUUUGAGAAAGGAAGAAUACGAAGAAGUUUGGAAAAAUAGAGACGAGUCUGAAAAUCCGCGACAGUUUCACGAUAAGCAAUUGAUAGAACAAGAUCAAAUGACUGACAUGGAAUCUGAGUUAAGGAAAGUGGUUGACGAGAUGAUGGUGACUGAACUUGAGUUACUUCAGGAAGCAUUUGAUAAGGACAGAGGACAUAAGACUAAGAGAAAAUCUAGCAAAAAAGCUAGAAGGGCCGGAAAGAAAAGUAAGAAGAAGAAAGAGAAAGACCUGACUCCAGAUCGUACUACAGAAUCACUCUUUGAAGAAUUAGUUGCAAAUGGAAUAAUAAAACGAUGCCCCGAAACUUAUUUAAGCGAUUUUCAAGGAGAAAGGUCGUACUUCUAUCCUGCAGCACACAACGUUGGCAAAGAUCCACCAGUAGCCUUGGGCGAUAUAAGACAAGUGGUGAACGAAUAUUGCAUUUUGCCAUUGCUCACACCCCAUCUUCACCAAUCCACACCCCACGUGAAAUCUGUCUUGCUCGCUGGUCCAAAAGGAAGCGGAAAGGACAUGCUAGUUCACGCGGUUUGCACGGAAGCAGGAGCUAUGCUGUUUGAUCUAACUCCUGCUAAUAUAGUUGGGAAGUAUCCCGGGAAGUCUGGUUUAAUUAUGCUUAUCCACUUGGUGGUUAAGGUAUCCAAGUUGCUACAACCUGCUGUUAUUUACAUGGAUUCAGCGGAAAGGCCGUUUGUAAAGAAAAUACCCAAAACUGAUAAAUCAGAUCCAAAAAGAUUAAAAAAGGAUUUGCCGAAAAUGGUUAAAAAUUUCGCUACUGAAGAUAGAGUCAUUUUGAUAGGUGUAUCAAAUUGCCCUUGGGACAGCGACCAGAAAUUACUGCAACAAGUAUACCAGAAAUUCCUGUUUAUUCCCAGAUCUAAUUAUAGUUCAAGAUUCAGCAUUUGGACACACCUCUUGGGUCAAUAUAUGGCUGUUGGGUGGCAAUUUGACACGGGGGUAAUGACUAAAAUAUCAGAUGGAUAUUCAGUAGGUUCCAUAAUAAGUACAGUAAAUGAAGUUAUGACAGUCAAGAGGAUGCUUCAACUUCGGAUUCACCCUUUGAGCCCGCUGGAACUGGUAAAUGUUUUGUGCAAACGAACGCCUAUUUAUAAAGAAGAAGAAGAAGCGCUUGAACAGUGGUGGAGCAAAGUUCCUUUAGUAAGAAGACGCGCUAGGGCAGUGGAGAUGUUGUUGGAAGAACAAGCCGAAAUGCAAGCUAAACAGGCAGAAGCAAAAACCAAGAAAAAAUAA